GAAAAGCAGCCAAGGGAAAACUGAGUUUGGAGCAAUUUAUGGAGCACUGCUUGCAAUGGUUGCAAUGAGAUACAGAUGGUGAAAGAAAGGAUUAAACAACACAGGUGCAUGGGAGAGUUCAUUUAUUUGAAAGUGUCUGCAGCAGUAGGGAAGAAAGAGAGGAGUUAUUUCUAUCUGGGAAAGCUGUAGAUGCUGCUUACAGAGAGAUGCUGUACUUGGGUGCUGGAGGAGGAGGAGGAGGAGGAUGCCUGUGGAGGGAUGGGCCUGUGCAAAUGGGCCUGCAGAAGGCCAGGCUGCCUCUGUGGCAGUCACUGGCAGAGGCAGGCCGUGGGGAGAGGGCUCGGCCCAGCGCGCAUCUCCCUCCUGACAGGAUCAGGAGCCAAGCUCCAGUCUGGAGAAGGAAGGGGAGAAAAGGGGGUGAGAUCAGAGUUUUGGACUUCAUGAAGUAGCAGCAGCUAAGAGGAGCUGCCUGCCUGUGAGUGAGGAGGUGGCACUUUCCUGUACUUUUUGUGUCUACUGCCUCCUGCCUGUCAGUGAGUAUCACUGAGGAGGAUCUGGCUCUGUCUUCUGCACUCCCCCCAUCAGAAUGAGUUCGACAUCAACCACAAGCUGUCCCUUGCCGUCACUGCUUGUGCCCGAACAAGAGGACCAGGAGUGUUCUGAGACACAUAUGUCUGUUCUGUGGUAUGCAGGGCAGUUUGCAGUUACUUACUAUGAUACAGAAGACUGCUCAGUUUACUUCAUGCCUGACACACCUGAUAAUGAAGACCUUGACCUACUGCAAAAAGUAGUUGAGGAAGUUCAUCCUCAAUGCAUAGUGACAAGCGCAAAACAGGACCAGAAUAUUGCCAAAUUCCUGGCUGACCUAACAGCUAGUGAUAGUGAUAAAGAUGUGGGAAAACCAGAAAUUGUCUUGUUUCCUAACACAGACUUUGGCCUAGAAGUCGGCAAACAACGAAUCCUAUCUAGGCAAUUUCCAUUCAUCCCAUCCCAUAUGACUGCAACAGAGAAAAUUCUCUACUUGUCCUCGGUCAUCCCUUUUGAGAGCCCACUUGUAAUACGAGCUCUAGGAGGGCUCCUUAAGUUCCUAGACAGGAGAAGGGUUGGAAUUGAGCUAGAAGAAAGCAGUGUUGUGGUUCCUAUUUUGGCCUUUAAAAAGUUUGUGCUGUCAGAUACUGUGAAUAUGGACCAAGACGCUUACUGUGUCCUACAGAUAUUUAAAAGUGAUAUCCAUCCUUCUGUGUACAAGCUGUCUAGUGGAUUAAAAGAAGGAUUCAGUUUAUAUGGGAUUUUAAACCGCUGCAGGUGCAAAUGGGGAGAAAAACUACUGAAGCUGUGGCUUACACGACCUACUCGGAACUUGACAGAGCUAAACAAACGGCUGGAUGUUAUCCACUUCUUCCUGCUGGCUCAGAACCAUGAAACAGUCCUCACCCUUCAAGACUGUCUCAGGAAUAUAAAAAAUGUGCCUCUUAUUCUAAAAAGAAUGACUCUUUCCCAUACAAAAGUUAGUGACUGGCAAGCUCUCUAUAAGACACUGUAUAGUGCAGUGUGCCUUAGAGACACGUGCCGUUCUCUGCCCAGUAACAUCGAACUCUUUCAGACUAUUUCACGUGUCUUCACUGAUGACCUGCACUACAUCGCCAGUCUCAUCAGCAAAGUGGUGGACUUUGAAGGCAGCAUCUCAGAGAACCGCUUCACUGUUAGACCUAAUGUGGAUCCCACCAUUGAUGAAAAGAAACGAAGGCUCAUGGGACUGUCAGACUUUCUUACAGAAGUGGCACGGAAAGAACUGGAAACCUUGGACGACCAUAUUCCUUCCUGCUGUGUGAUCUACAUUCCUCUGAUUGGGUUCCUUCUCUCCAUUCCACGGCUACCAACUAUGGUGGAGAAGAGUGACUUUGAAAUUGAAGGCUUGGACUUCAUGUUUUUGUCAGAGGAUAAACUGCACUACAGAAGUGCGAGGACUAAGGAGCUAGACAGCCUGCUGGGUGACUUGCACUGUGAGAUAAGAGACCAGGAAACACUAAUUAUGCACCAGCUGCAGACAAAGAUCUUGGAGAAGUCUGACGUGCUUAGCAGCGUGAUCGAGUACACUGCACACCUUGACGUGCUGCUGGCUUUGGCAGUGAUGGCUCGGGAGAACUCCUACUGCCGGCCGCGCUUUACUCACCGCCACGGCUUCCACAUCAAGGAAGGGAGACACCCGCUCAUGGAACUAUGCGCAAAGACUUUUGUGGCCAAUCCUGUGAACAGCGGUGAGGCUGCCAGGCGAAUAAAGAUCAUCACAGGGCCCAACUCAUCUGGAAAGAGCGUCUACUUAAAGCAAGUAGGUCUUAUAGUAUUUAUGGCUCUGAUUGGCAGUUACGUCCCUGCAGCCGAGGCAGAGAUUGGAGCAAUUGACGGGAUUUACACAAGAAUCCACAGCAGGGAAUCUGUUUCUGUAGGGCUCUCCACUUUCAUGAUUGAUCUUAACCAGGUUGCCAAGGCAGUAAACAAUGCUACAGAGAGGUCCUUGGUGCUUAUUGAUGAGUUUGGUAAAGGGACCAACACACUGGAUGGGCUGUCCCUUCUGGCUGCCGUACUGAGGUACUGGAUCAAUCAAGGAACCCGCUGUCCGCAGGUCUUUGUCUCCACGAAUUUUCACAGCUUGAUGCAGCUAGAACUCCUGCCUGCCUCACCUCUGCUGGAGUACCUGACCAUGGAGACCCACCAAGAUGGAGAUGAGUUGGUAUUUUUCUAUCAGAUCAAACAAGGCGUGUCCACUGUCAGUCAUGCUGCCAACAUCGCUGCGUUAGCUGGAAUGCCAGCCAAAAUUAUUGAAAGAGGAGUGGAAGUAUCGGAACUGAUUCGCAAUGGAAAAGCUAUCAAACGUAUCGAUCACCCUUCAAAAGGAGACCAGAUGGAAAAAUGCAAGUCUGUUGUGGAAAAGUUUCUUUGCCUAGACCUUGAUGAUCCCAAUCUGGACUUAGAAGAGUUCAUGCGUAAAGAGGUGCUGCCUUCUGCAGCCUCAAUUCUGUAACACAGCUACGUGUAGAAGCAUGAAUUACAUGGUAUCCACCAUGUUUAGCAGGACAGUUGAGUAAUUUAAGCAAUGAUGACUAACAGCUUACACUACAUUUCACUUGUAAAAAACUGUCUGUAGUGUACGUCCUUUCUUAUUGUUUAAAAAAAGUAUUGUAGUUAAACAUCUCUGCAAUAUGGUGUAUGAUAUGAAAACAAGAAGGCUGAACAAAGAGAAUUCAAGAACCUCUUCCACCUGUUGGAUUAUACAGUCUGUGCUUUUUGAGCCCCUGUUGUUAGAUCCCCAGACUGAAAAAAAUACUGUAGAAAAAUCACAAAAUAUUUCUGCUGGUCUCAAGAGACUGUAUAAGCAAAGUGUUUAUUGUUUUGUGUUUGUGUCAAAGGGAUUGUUUCAGCUAUUUUAAGAUCAGCAUCAAAAGAUUACAAAUAAGUGCCUCAGACUCCCAGAUCAGCAAGUAACAGUUGGCACAAUACAAACCUCUGAAGUAAAGGCUGAUGAAUGGAAAUAUAGAGAGGAAUUUAAUGAGCUCUGUGGCUCUUUCUUACACUUUUCUUAAAACAGCAUUUCUGUCUAAAAUGCCAGAGAUCCCAAGAGUUGCUAUAAAAAGAAUACUGGAAGUCAGAAUCAGCAGGGACUGAUUACAGGGGAAGCACUUUGGUUUUACUGAGAAUAACUCUCUUCUCUUCAGGUCCUAUAUUACUAUCUAUAGGACUUGUAGGACUAUUGUAAGACUACUGUCUAUACUGUAUGAGUAUAAAUAAAAACAAAAUUACAAGUCUAGGAAAUGGAAAACUAUACUAAGGACGUAAGACAGAAACUGGCAUUUUAUAGUCUAUUUUAAAGUACUGAGUAAAAGUUAUGGUUAAGGGAAUAAUACCAGAGCCAUAGCAUUCCCCUUCACUUCUGUCAGUGCAAAUGAUCUUUACUGAACACAGCGUUUGAUGAAUUAGUAUGCCAAAAAUAUUCAGGAACAAAUUCAUGAAGCAGCAGACACGAUAUCUAAGUACCACAGAAGUAAUAACCUUCCCUGCAAUGGGAUAAGUGCCUGAGAUUCCUUAUCUAAGAGUAAGACAGAAGAGACAUUAGAUUUCUAACCGACUGCCAAAACUUGCUAUAACUGCUCACAAUAUGGCCCAUAAAAGACAUCAGCAGAUAUAUUACAUCUCUCUUCACUUGUAUCCGAUUUCAAGAACCAAAAAUAUUAAUGUCACAUACAGUGAGAGAAAAAAUACAUGAGGAAAAAAUAAUUAUCUUCACACUAUCAGUAUUAAACAUCUUAUUUGCUUGGUAUGUUUCACUGAAGAUAGCAAAAAGACGAAUGUGUCUACCAAAAGUUGUGAAUUCAGAAA